AUGGCUUCAUCUUCCACUUCCUCCCUCUCUCUCACCACCCCCCAUCUCACCACCCCUUCCACCACCACAACCCGCCUCUCUUCCCUCCCUUCCACCAUCUCUCUCACCCGCUCACCAACCCCCACCCGUCUCUCCCUCUCCCAAUCCCAAACCCACCUCCGCCGCACCGCAAUCAAAGCCUCCGCCGCUUCAACACUAACCACCGCGGAGUCAUCACUAGUUGAAAAAUCAGUCAACACGAUCCGGUUUCUGGCGGUUGAUUCUGUCGAAAAGGCUAAUUCGGGUCACCCGGGUUUACCCAUGGGCUGUGCUCCAAUGGGUCAUAUUCUUUACGAUGAGAUUAUGAGGUAUAACCCGAAAAACCCGUUUUGGUUUAACCGUGAUCGGUUUGUUUUGUCUGCUGGUCAUGGGUGUAUGCUUCAGUACGCUUUGCUUCAUCUUGCUGGAUACGACAGUGUUAAGGUAGAGGAUUUGAAGGAAUUUCGACAAUGGGAGAGCCGAACUCCUGGACACCCUGAGAAUUUCGAGACUCCUGGAAUUGAAGUCACUACAGGGCCCCUUGGUCAGGGAAUUGCCAAUGCCGUUGGUUUAGCCCUUGCAGAGAAGCACUUAGCUGCCAGAUUUAACAAGCCUGACAAUGAGAUUAUUGAUCAUUACACGUAUUGUAUAUUGGGCGAUGGUUGUCAAAUGGAGGGAAUUGCAAAUGAAGCUUGCUCGCUUGCAGGACACUGGGGAUUGGGGAAGUUAAUAGCCUUUUAUGACGACAAUCACAUUUCUAUUGACGGUGACACUGAAAUUGCAUUCACCGAGAGUGUUGACAAACGUUUUGAAGCACUCGGGUGGCAUGUUAUUUGGGUAAAGAAUGGAAACACCGGCUAUGAUGAAAUUCGCGCUGCCAUUAAGGAAGCAAAAGCUGUCACAGACAGACCUACAUUGAUUAAGUUCACGACAACCAUAGGUUAUGGUUCUCCGAAUAAAUCCAACUCCUACAGCGUGCAUGGAAGUGCACUUGGCGCCAAAGAAGUUGACGCCACAAGAAACAAUCUUGGAUGGCCGCAUGAGCCUUUCCAUGUGCCUGAGGAUGUCAAAAAACAUUGGAGUCGCCAUGUUCCCGAGGGUGCUGCAGUUGAGUCUAAGUGGAAUGCCAAGUUUGCCGAAUACGAAAAGAAGUACAAAGAGGAAGCUCAAGUAUUGAAAUCGAUCAUUUCUGGUGUUUUACCUACUGGUUGGGAGAAAGCACUUCCGACAUACACUCCAGAGAUCCCAGCCGAUGCAACCCGAAAUCUAUCCCAGCAAAACCUCAAUGCCCUGGCAAAGGUUCUUCCCGGUCUGCUCGGCGGCAGUGCAGAUCUUGCUUCUUCCAAUAUGACCUUGCUGAAAGCGUCUGGAAACUUCCAAAGUGAUUCUCCAGCAGAGCGUAACGUUAGAUUCGGUGUUCGAGAGCAUGGAAUGGGAGCAAUCUGCAACGGCAUUGCUCUUCACAGCCCUGGACUGAUUCCGUAUUGUGCAACCUUCUUUGUUUUCACCGACUAUAUGCGCGGUGCCAUAAGGCUUUCCGCCCUAUCUGAAGCCGGUGUUAUCUAUGUCAUGACUCAUGACUCAAUAGGACUCGGAGAGGACGGCCCAACCCAUCAGCCUAUAGAGCACCUGGCAAGUUUCCGAGCAAUGCCAAAUAUCUUGAUGCUUCGUCCCGCUGACGGUAACGAAACAGCUGGAGCAUACAGAGUCGCCGUGCUCAACCGGAAGAGACCAUCUAUUCUCGCCCUUUCUAGACAAAAACUGCCCAACCUUCUCGGAACUUCCAUUGAAGGAGUCGAAAAGGGUGGAUACAUCGUCUCAGACAACUCAACAGGAAACAAACCUGAUCUCAUUUUGAUCGGAACCGGAUCCGAAUUGGAAAUUGCUUACAAAGCUGGCGAGGAUCUAAGGAAGGAAGGAAAGACUGUCAGAGUAGUUUCCUUUGUUUCUUGGGAACUUUUCGACGAGCAAUCCAAUGCUUACAAGGAGAGUGUUCUCCCUGCGGCUGUUACGGCUAGGGUUAGCAUUGAAGCCGGAACAACAUUCGGGUGGGAGAAAAUAGUUGGAAGCAAAGGAAAAGCAAUCGGGAUCGACCGUUUCGGAGCUAGUGCUCCUGCAGGAAGAAUAUACAAAGAGUUUGGUAUCACUAAGGAGGCUGUUAUUGCUGCAGCAAAAGAGCUUAUUUAG